AUGUCAGCUGAUGAGGUGCAGCCAAGGGCAGCAGAGGGACAGGAGAGUCAGGCUGGACAGCGGCAAGAUGCACCUGCACCUGCACCUGCACCUGCCAGCGCAGCUCCACCCGCAUCAGCAUCAGCAUCAGCGCCAACAUCGACACAAACACCAACACCACCACCACCACCACCACCAGCACCAGCAAGCAGGCAGGAUCCGCUGACGACGCUGGAGCGGACAUUGGCGCUGAUGCUCAAGAUCGCCACCGCUUCCAUCUCCUACAUUCCAGGUCACUCUUUGCCUGUAGAGCUGGAUGCCCGUAUUGGCGUCUCUGCAGCACCGCAUCACGUGGGCGAGCACAGGGUAGGACCGCAAGCCAUGUCGGAGAGCGUGGAUGAGCUGCAAGAGGAUCUGGUAGAGGCUGCUCAGAGGUUCAAAGAGUGCCUUGACAGCCAUGCCAUGCAGCAGCUAGUGGCAGGCAGCGGCGGCAGCGGGGCGAGCGAGGAUGAGGAAGAGGAGGUGGACAAGGCGAGGGAUGGGCAGCAACUUGCAGAACUGGAUGCGGAGAUGAGAUUGGCCAAUGAGCACUUUGCUCGCGUCACGCUGGCAGCAGGUGAGUUGACAUUCACGAUUUUUGCAAGACUUGCUUUGCAUCCCACCUUGCUCACCCAAGCCAUGGCAACGUCACGUGCACAGAUGAACAGCUGCAACAGCAAAAGAGAUUGCUGCAACACUUGUCGCGCCAACACGCAGCUGCUCGAGCCGAAUUGGCACGCCAAGCAGCUUAG